AUGCAGUUAACAAGUGGAUUGGUAGCGACAAUAGCAUGCGUGCUAUAUGUGUCAGCAGCUCGUCAACCGCCCAACAUCGUUCUUAUUCUCGCGGACGAUAUGGGUUGGAAUGACGUGGGCUUCCACGGUUCGGACCAGAUUCCGACUCCGAACAUCGACGCUCUGGCCUACAACGGAGUUAUUUUGAACCAGCACUACAGCCCAGCACUCUGCACUCCUUCCAGGGCAGCCCUCCUCACAGGAAAAUACCCCAUACACACAGGAAUGCAACAUCUGGUGAUCCUUGAAUCAGAGCCAUGGGGUCUUGGACUUGGUGAAACACUACUCCCUGAGGUGUUAGCUCAAGCCGGUUAUGUCUCACAUGCGGUAGGCAAAUGGCACCUAGGUUUUUAUAAGUCUCAAUAUACUCCAACUAAAAGAGGAUUCAAUACGCAUUAUGGCUAUUGGCAAGGCUUCCAUGAUUAUUAUAAUCACUCUGUCCGUGCUACAUAUGAGCCAUAUGAUGGAUACGACAUGAGAAGAAAUUUAGAAACCGAUUGGUCAGCUAUGGGCAAAUACUCUACUGACCUCUUCACUGAUGAGUCUGUUCGCCUGAUCCAGGAACACGACAAAAAUGUCCCCUUGUUUCUCUAUCUUGCACAUCUAGCACCUCACACAGGCAACAUGAGAGAUCCCUUCCAAGCACCCGAUGAUGUAGUGGCCAAGUUUUCACACAUUCAAGAUCCGGAAAGGAGAGUGUAUGCAGCUAUGGUAGCGAAACUGGAUGAGUCCGUAGGAGAAGUUGUAGCAGCACUGAAAGAGAAAGACAUGCUUGAUAAUUCUGUUAUAGUAUUCAUGUCUGACAAUGGUGCUCCAACACAUGGUAUUCACUCUAACCGGGGUUCGAAUUAUCCAUUACGUGGAAUUAAAAACUCUGCUUGGGAAGGAGGUAAUAGAGGAAUAGCAGCAAUUUGGAGCCCGCUGCUGAAAAACCAACAAAGAGUUUCAAACCAAAUGAUGUACAUCACCGAUUGGCUUCCAACUAUUGCUUCAAUUGCAGGUAUUGAUACAAAAACGUUGGGAAACAUAGAUGGGUUUGACAUGUGGGAGGCUAUAUCAGAAAACAAAGAUUCUCCAAGAAAAGAAUUUCUUUAUAAUAUAGAUGAUGUUGCCAAUGCCUAUGCAGCUUUGCGGAAAGGAGAUUGGAAAUAUGUAACAGGAUCUGCAACUGGUGAAAGAAAUAAUGGGUGGUAUGGAGAGAUUGGAAGAGAUUUGGAUAUUGAUUAUAACACAAAAGAAAUAUUGUUGUCAAGGACAGGAAUGGCAAUAUCAGGCUAUAUUAUUAAAAAACAAAUUCAGAAAAAUAUUAAAAAAUCGCCAUUUAUGAAUAGCAUUGAAGAUGAUAAAGAAGAAAAAGAAUGGAUUCUGUUAAAUGAAGCAACAAUGCUAAAGUUAAGACAAGAGGCUGAAGUAAUAUGCAACUCCAACCAUACUGAAGUUGAAUGCAAUCCGCUCAUAGAGCCUUGUCUUUUCAAUGUCAUUGAUGAUCCUUGUGAAAAAGCAAAUCUCGCCUAUGAAUAUCCACAUGUGUUACAUUCACUGGAAAAAGCUUUACAGAGGUAUCGAAAAUCUAUGGUAAAGGCUCGGAAUGUGGACAGUGAUUUGCGAGCUGACCCAGAACUUUGGAAUAACACUUGGGCAUGUUGGUAUGACGAAAUAGAAAAGAUAGAAGAUAUAACUCUCAUGAAAAACUACCUCUUUCGUUUUAUAUAUGGAUCAGCAGCUGUGUUGCUAUUAAUAGGAAUUUUACUUAAAUUUACUAAAAAUAUCACAUUAAUAAAAAAUACCUCUCCCAAAACUAUCUCUAUCUUCACAUUAUAUCACUCUACAAAAGAACAAAAUGUAAAGGAUAAGUCAAUGAAACGGUGA